UAUGAAGUUUGAUUUAUUGUCAUCAGGUUCAGCAUUUUUAGAAAACCCGGUAUUUACCAUAAAAAGCAACAUUUAUGCAGUGCACCUUGCUAUGUACCCUCUGCCCCCGUUUUCUUUUUGUGGCAUGCCAGCACCUUACAAGGUAGACUUUGUGGCUUUUUUGGUAAUCCAGCCAAAACCGUUGCCUACCCCUGCCGUAGACCCAUACAGGUCCAUAGGACUAUUAAGCAAAUUCACCUCUAUUUUUUCAGUUAAACAAUUGUUGCACAAACUGCUAGUUUCGUGCCCCUGGAGGCUUGUCCAAUCCACCCCCAGGAGAGAGUCUCACACACAGGCUGGGUCCAAUUUCAAAUUUAUUGUUUGCAAACAGAUCGACAAGGAAGCUAGUCGCUCAAAUCAGAGUUGACCCCAAACAGGGUCUGAGGUUCCUUUUUAUAGCUAACAUAAACAAUAGAUUUCAACAUGUCGCGUGAUUAUUGGCAGCCCAAACAUUACGUCUUGCAUCAUAUGUUUAGCAGUUACAUGUUCUAUGACGGUUUACAUACAUGUCUCAUUUACAUCUUAAAUCCCCUCCCUGGGGCAGUCCUUAAGCCCCUCUCGGUCAUCCUUCGGUUAGGGUCUGAUUUCUUUACAUCAGCAUCUUUCCCUGUCCCUCUUCUCUUAUCUCUCGUAAGGAGUUAUUUAUUGCAUCUGUUCCUGGCUCUGUCUGCAGAAGUUUAGUGCUACUCGUAAAUCUGUCAUUGGCCUACAUGCCUUAGCAGAAGCAAUGUGAUAAUAUGCAGAAGCAAUUAUAAAAGCAGGAUGUAUAGAUUAUGCUAUAUUUUUACCACACAAUUAAUUCAAAACGUGCCUGAGCAAUCUUUGUGUUGGGCUCGCACAGCAGCAAGCAGGGGAUUUUCAACUCUAUGGCUGCAUGGUGUAGGCGAGAAGGAACACUUUUUGCAUCCUACGAGCAGAUCGUUCAAUUGAGACACAGCUCUAUUAAAACCAAAAAACGGGGGCUGGGAAGGUAAGUGCCAAAACAAAACGCACAUGCGCACUCUUUAACUCCGGAGAUUUAUUAAACGCCCAAGCCUCAGGCGCAGGCGCAAUCCAGGCUGAGGGAGCACGUGAAAGGGAAGGAAUUUAGCGGGGCGGGGCGGGGCACGCAUGCGCAGUACGGGCAAGGCCUGGUCCCUUGCGGUGAGUUUCCUGGCGCUGCCGGAAGUGCGAUCAAAGACCGAGGCUCCGACUCUGUCGCCUCAUCUCUUGCGAGCAUCAUGGAGCCGGAAGGCUGAGGGUGAAGCGGCGUCUCUGCACCCGACAUGCCCGCCGGUCCCAUUGGCGCAGCAUCACUGGUUUGCUACUCUGAAGAUUACGUGGCUCCAUAUCUGUUGCCAUGGAUGAACUUCAGGAUGUUCAGCUGACAGAGAUCAAACCCCUCUUGAAUAAUAAGAAUGCUUCCAGAAACUUUCAGGACUUUAACUGUCAGGAGCACAACGUUGAGACUGCUUUUGGAGUUGUGCAUGUCACCAUGCAGGGCACCCCAAAAGGGAACAGACCUGUUAUCCUUACUUACCAUGACAUUGGCCUUAACCACAAAUCCUGUUUUAAUGCAUUCUUCAACUUUGAAGACAUGCAGGAAAUCACCCGGCACUUCGCUGUAUGCCAUGUGGAUGCACCAGGCCAGCAGGAAGGGGCUCCCCCUUUCCCAUCUGGAUACCAGUACUCUAGCAUGGAUGAGCUGGCUGAAAUGCUACCUGCUGUUCUAACACACCUGAGCCUGAAAAGCAUCAUUGGAAUUGGAGUUGGAGCUGGUGCAUACAUCCUCAGCAGAUUUGCACUGAAUCACCCAGACUUGGUGGAAGGGAUUGUGCUUAUUAAUAUUGAUCCAUGUGCAAAAGGCUGGAUUGACUGGGCAACAGCCAAGCUUUCAGGCUGGACAACCAACAUAGUGGACAUUGCCUUGGCUCACCAUUUUGGUCAUGAGGAACUGCAGGCAAAUCUGGACCUGAUUCAGACAUACAGACUUCACAUUGCACAGGACAUUAACCAAGAUAACCUUCAGCUGUUUCUUAAUUCAUAUAACAGUCGUAGAGACCUGGAAAUUGAGAGACCAGUUUUGGGCAUCAAUGAAAACACAGCAAAAACACUCAAAUGCCCAGCCUUGCUAGUGGUUGGUGACAGCUCACCUGCUGUGGAAGCUGUGGUUGAAUGCAACUCACGGCUGGACCCAACCAAGACUACACUCUUAAAGAUGGCAGACUGUGGGGGGCUGCCUCAGGUAGUUCAGCCAGGGAAGCUGACAGAAGCCUUCAAGUAUUUUGUUCAGGGAAUGGGCUAUAUCCCUUAUAUGCAGCUCAACCACCUGAGCACUGAGUCAGUGCCAACAGCUACCAUGACCAGGCUCAUCCGGUCCCGUACCCAGUCCUCUUCUAGUGUGGGCUCUGGGGAAAGUGUCCGCGACUGGUCUCACACCACCCACCAAGAUGAGGGACCUACUGGAACCCUGGAAGCAGCUGAUAUCCAGGAUGCACCUCAAACCAUGGAAGUAUACUGCUAAGAAGGAGCUUCGCUUCUGGAUCUGAACAACUCCAUCCUCCACCACUGAAUCCAUCUAGAACCUAGCAUUUUGUCCAACAAAAUGCAUUCUUUUGUCUAACUUGUGUAUGCCCAUCAGAGGCAUCACUGUCCCCUUGGUAGUCUGUAUUUGGCAUUACUUUGGUCCUUUUUGUAUGUCUUUGCCAUCAGAACCUGUUUAAAAGUUGUCAUCAUUCCACAGUCUUAGCAAAUCCAAUUACUGUACAUGUUAGUACCAUGUCUUUCCAGUGCUAUCUGUGCUGUACGUCACUCCAGAUGGCAGCCACUGUCUCCCUCUUUAUUUAAAAUAUUUAUGUGGUUUUGUGAGGUUUUAUAAUUGCUUCAUAGUUGGGCUUCUGCUGAAGGAAAUUAGGAACACAGAUGAGAUAUGGAGUGCAGUUUAUAUAGCACCUCUGGGAUGACGGAAAAUGAGACUCAGUGAUGUAAAACUCUGGGCGAGGAAGGCAAGUCAUGUUCUACUGCAAAGUUAUGCAUGGAGUACAAACUAUGUCAGAGGUUUCUUGUAUUCCCAGGACAUUUGGUAUUUGCAGCAUGCCUGGGGAACCUAAAUAGUCAAAUGGAGGGAUCCAGGAAGGGUGGGUGCAGGAGUAGCAACUGGCACUGUAGAGGUAGCUCCCUCCCCCCUCUAUCCAGGCCAGACAGACCACACCACAGAAGCAGCAGCUGAGGACUUUUUUUAAAUCCCCAAAUCAGGUGAGAAUUUCUCUUCUGCCCCUGCUCCACUCCCCACUCUUGGCACCCCUUCCCUUCCCCUUCAUGCUCAGUGGCCUCUCUCUUCCCAUCCCCUCCUCACCCCUCCCAUUCACCCCCUUUCUCACCUGCCACUGUCAGUUUGCAUGCUAUUGUGAAAUGCAGUGCUGCUGCAGACAACAGGGUGCAGGAAAGGUUCUGUCUCCCUGAGUCUGCUCCUGGGCUGGCAGGGAACACGUGGGGGGAUCUACCAGGGAAGAGGAACCCACCCACUGCCAUUGCUGCUGCUGUCCCAGGCUAAGCCUAGUUCCUCAUACAGUCCAGCUAGAGCAGUGCAGGAGGGGCUCUGGAGCUUCCCCCAUCCCCAGAGCAGCCAGAGACAGGGGCAGUGAUUGGCAGGGGAGGAGAGGGGGAUUACUACUGAACACAUAGGGGAAGGAAGUGGGGGAUUCUUACUUGAUGUGGGGACUUAAAGUCCCCAGUUACUGCUCCUGCAGCAUGGUUUGAAAAGCAGGUGUGACUGUGGCCACUGCACCCUCUCUGGAUCCACCCCUGGAUAGUCAUAAUUAUCAUUUGUGUGUCAGAAGGUGCAGAAUCAUUUUUUUUCCUUGGCCUCAAGGAAGUGCAAAGCACUUAACAUAUUAAUUCUCACUAAUUAAGAGGCACUGUUCAGCAAGGUGCAAGAGAUUAAAACCAGGGGUGGGCAGUUAUUUCAGGUGAAGGGCCGCUUACCAAGUUUAGGCAAGCUGUCAGGGCCGCAUCAGUAGCCCUGCCCCUUGACAGGUGGCCUGCUCCCUGGUCGCCAUCUUGUGAUCAAAGUUCCGCCCCCUAACACCUGACCUUUGCCACCAGAAGGCCUCCCCUUGCCCCCAGAAAUACUCCUUUCA